AUGGAAAUAGAUGAAUCUUCUAAGCGAUUUCUUGGUGUUCAAAACAUCAUACAAACAAACCUACGUCCAGACAUUGUGCUGUGGUCACAGUCUCCAAAGAAGGUGAUACUGGUGGAACUGACUGUGCCCUGGGAGGAGAGAACGGAAGAAGCGUAUGAACGCAAGUUAGCCAAGUACCAAGACCUGGCAGAUGCCUGCAACGAAGCGGGAUGGAAAACACAUCUAUUCCCGGUAGAAGUCGGCAGCAGAGGAUUCCCAGCCCAGUCACUAUGGAGAAUGCUUGGCGCUUUGGGCAUCAAAGGGAAAGUAAGGAAAGCCACAGCCCAUGCAGUAGGAAAAGCUGCCGAGAGCGUCCAGUUGGCUCUGGUUACACCGAAAUGA